UAACAACUCAAGCUAGGGGGUCAUCAGAGAUGGUGAGCAUUCCGGAGGUGCCCCUGAGCUUAGGCUCCAGGUCCAUUCCACGGGUGGGCAUGGGCACAGCUGCCUACCCCUUUGCACCCGAGAGCACGAAGCAGGCCAUCCUCCACGCCAUCGAACUCGGCUACCGCCACUUCGACACCGCCUCCCUCUACCGGUCGGAGAAGCCUCUCGGAGAAGCCAUCGCCGAAGCCUUGCAGCGUGGCCUCAUCAAGUCGCGAGCCGAGCUCUUCAUCACCUCCAAGCUGUGGUGCAAUGAUGCACACCAUGACCUCGUCCUCCCGGCCCUUCACCAGAGCCUCCAAAAUCUCCAACUAGAUUACCUUGAUCUCUAUCUCAUCCAUUGGCCUAUGCGCUUAAAGCCUGGGGCGUUCACAUUACCUGUUAACGAGGAAGACAUCCUUCCCUUAGACUUGAAGUCUGUAUGGGAGGCCAUGGAAGAGUGCCAAAAGCUUGGUCUAGCAAAGUCCAUUGGGGUUAGCAAUUUCACAACAAGGAAGUUAGAGGAGCUGCUCAGGUUUGCUCGAAUACCUCCAGCUGUGAACCAGGUGGAGAUGAACCCAGUUUGGCAGCAGAAGAAGCUAAGGGAAUUUUGCAAGGAGAAGGGUAUACAUGUGACUGCUUACUCUCCUAUCGGAGGCCAGGACGGCCCAGGGAAUAGGAACCUGGUAAUGGAGUCUGAGGUGCUCAAGGAGAUAGCCAAGGCUAGAGGAAGGACUCUUGCACAGGUUUCCUUGAGAUGGGUGUAUGAGCAAGGGGUGAGCAUGGUAGUAAAAAGCUUUAAAAAGGAAAGGCUGGAAGAGAAUAUCAAAUUCUUCGAUUGGGAACUAAGUGAGGAAGAGUGCCAAAAAAUUUGUCAAAUUCCACAAUGUAAGAAAAUUUCAGUACAGUCUCUACUCUUUCGCAAAGAGUCUAGCAAGUCAGACGUCCUCUCAGAUGCGGACAUCGUUGAGGAGUAAGAGAACAAGAUUCUGCAGUACUGCAUACAAAUAUGAUUACAUCCUAAGAAUGUUCAAACAAUUUCACCCAUUAAAGCUUCAUGGUAUAAUUUUUUUCAUUGUCAAAUAUCGUUAUCUGAUAGCUCA